AUGGGCAAACAAUCGGACCCGAAGAUUACAGCAAUCCUCCAUGAACGAGGCAUCUGGGACGAAGAGCCCGAUCUGUCUUUACACCGGUGUCCGCACACAAGUUUCGCCAAAGAUGAAAGCGUGCCGAGCACUAUUGCGCACAAGGGCCUCUCGCGCAAGACUUCAGUACAGGAGAUGAAGAGCUUCAUUCACAGAAUGUGGCAUCGACGGAGUUCACUGCAACACGAUGGACAUAAAGUACGACAAGGGGCUACUGUGGUGACUUGA